CGAUUACGAGGUUUACCAAAGCAAUGUGUCCAAAUUAUAUUGGACAGUAAGUUCCUUCAUGCUUACUUCUCAUAUCUAAAUAUAUGAGUGACGUUUAGGAAGACCCAUGUACUAAAUACAUUACAAGUAGAUAUGGAAAGGAUAAAAGUGCUGUUGUGGACCAUAUUUCUCCUAUCAACAAUCAUCCACUGCUUGCUAGCUGCAGCCAAGGAGAAAACACAGUGUGGAGCUUGCAGAGUGAUUGUAGAUGAGGUGAAUUGGGCUAUCAGCCAAGAGGACCCAAAGAAAAAAGUCCAAGUGGGAAGUUUCAGAGUAGAUCCUAAUGGAAACCAAGGGACACGUGAGAUCCCAUAUGCAAGGUCGGAGAUCCAUCUCACAGAACUGUUUGAAAAUAUAUGCCAAAAAUCCAAAGACUAUGCACAGUCCAGAGACUCCAAAACAAACAAUGUCCAGUUUGUGAGGUCAGCUGCCAGGUCUCCGGGAGACUCGGUCACCCUGACCAAUGUUGUGCUUAGUGCUGAUUCCCAGAAAUCUCUGAAAUUUGCUUGCGAGUCUUUUAUAGAGGAUCAUGAAGAUGACAUGCUGAAAAUAUUUUCCAAAGAAGAUGGAGAUGCAGAACAAAAGCUAUGUGUAGAUAUAACUGGUGUUUGUGAGCUGGAGGAUUUGUCCAUACCUUUGGCACCUAAAGCAGACGACAUUAAGGACGUUCCAGAUGAGGAAGCGGAAGCUGUGGAGGAGAACGCUGACAGUGAUAGUGAUAGUGACGAAAAUGACUCUGACGUAAACAAGGAUGAACUUUGACGCAUAGGAACAUAGUUAAAACUAUCAAUUUUUUUUUCUUAUUCAUUCCUGGGUGUCUUAUGUCAACUUUUAUUUUGUGUCAUACUAUAUUGGCUUACAUCAUAUAAGCUGUAGCUAUGUCAUGUGUCAUGCCAAAAUAAGAACGUCUGCCUAAGUAGGUACAGUUUGUAUGGCGAAUAACAAGAAAGUAAAGCAGCAUAUUUUAA